AUGGCAAGCACUAAAACAAAGAAAGGCGAAAGUGGUGGCAACAAAAAACAAAUUACAAAUGAGGUUGUUACUCGUGAAUAUACAGUUAAUUUACAUAAACGAUUGCACGGCAUUGCUUUCAAGAAGCGAGCACCACGUGCGAUUAAAGAACUAAAGAAAUUCGCCGAAAAAAUGAUGAAAACACCAGAUGUCCGUAUUGACUCAAAAUUAAACAAGGAAAUUUGGUCUCAAGGAAUCAAUCAUGUUCCUUAUCGUGUUCGAGUUCGAUUAGCUCGACAACGCAACGAAGAUGAAGAUUCACUACACAAACUUUAUACAUUGGUUACAUUUGUUCGAGUUCCUUCAUUUAAAGGAUUACUUACAGCCAACGUGGACAACGAGUAA